ACAAGUAAAUAGAUUGAAGUCGCAAGUCGCGUUGCCGGGGGUCAGUUGCCCGGAAAAUGUCGCGAUUGCCGCAUGUCUGCGGUCUCUGUUUGCUGCUGAGAUUUUGGCAGAUUCUGGCCUUGGCCCCGUUUCGGAUGGGUGGAACUGGUGGGCCAAUGGGCGCCAGGUGCCAGCGAUGGCUGACCUUGAUGGCGCUCCUCAGAUUGCUCCUACUCACAGCGGUGGCCCCCUUUGUGCUGUGGAAAAGCGCCGCCAUGUACGAGGCCACUAAUGUGCGCCACUCGACGGCCUUCAAGACAAUAGCUCUGGCCACCAUGACGGGCGAUGUCUGCAUUGCCCUAGCGCUGUUGGCCAGCCACCUUUUGCAUCGCCGGGAGUUGGCCAGUUUGGUGAAUGACUUGGCCAGAUUGCAUCGCCGGCGAAGGCUGAGCUGGUGGUCCACUUGGUUCCUCUGGCUAAAGCUGCUGCUUUCCCUCUACGACAUCCUGUGCAGCGUGCCCUUCCUCAAAGGAGCAGGUGCUCGUCUGCCCUGGGCCCAACUGGUGGCCUAUGGAGUGCAGCUCUACUUUCAGCACGUGGCCAGUGUCUAUGGCAACGGAAUAUUCGGCGGAACACUUCUGAUGCUAGAGAGCUACUCCCACUUGGAACGCGAGCAGCCCAACCUGGCUGGGCUUUUGAAGAAGGAAGCCAGCUGGCUGAGACUCACCCGCAGAUUCGUGAAGGUCUUUCAGCUGGGCAUAUUCCUGCUGGUCAUCGGCAGCUUCGUCAACAUCAUGGUCAACAUCUACGCAUUCAUGUCCUACUACGUGUCGCUGCACGGCGUUCCCCUGACCAUAUCCAACAACUGCCUCGUCCUGGCCAUCCAACUGUUUGCAGUCAUUUUAGCCGCUCACUUCUGCCAGGUGAAGUCAGCUAGGUUGAGAACAACCUGCUUGCAACUGGAAUACGUGCCCGAAGGAUUGACCCAGGAGCAGGCCAUAGCUUCGACUCCGUUUCCCUUGCUCUCGCCCACCGGCACUGCCAAGUUUCGCAUUUUGGGCGUUUUCAUCUUGGACAACUCGUUCUGGCUCUUCUUGGUCUCGUAUGCCAUGAACUUCAUUGUGGUUAUCCUGCAGACCAGCUUUGAGAACAUACAUCAUGGCGAGAUCUGA